CAUUACAAGGAUAUAAAAGUAAGGCUUAAGUUGAUUCCAAGUUCUUGAAUAAUUCAGCCUUGUGGUGCAGGACUGUUAGUUUUCAGUUAAGUAGUCUACUAUUUGUUCCCAUUUAUUGGAAGUAGGGUGGAGACUAUGAAGCACUCAGUAAAUCCAUGACCAAAGUGGAGUGUGAAUCCUGUUUGAAAUUUGCAGCUAGCAUGGGGAGUGGGUGGGGAGUCGGUUGUGUAGAUUGCAGUGCACAUGCUGUUAAUGUGCUAGUCUCUGUUCUCCAUACAGACUGACAAUAGGCAAGCUAGGAUGGGCAUAGGAGACAAACAAACAUACUUAUUUGUACUCACGGGCAUGUACAAUCACUCACAACUUAAUGCAAGGAUUGUGAGUGCUUAAAUAGUUCUCCCAGUCUUUUAAAGUGAGAUUGUCCAUAUGCAGCUUUUAAGUUAAUUACUGCUGUUAACUAGAUGUAGCGCAGCUGUAUAUUAUUUUUUCCCUUACCCACUUUCUAAUUAAAAGGCUCCCCAAAGGGUCCUAUAUAAAAUAAUGCAAUAUAGUUAAUUUGGAGCUGUUUCCAUAAGGACCUUUGCUUUAUCAGUCAAAGACUUGCCUAGCUUAACAUUUUGUUUCUCACAGUGAUUAACCAGAUACCUACAAGAAGCCCAUAAGCAGGACAAGAAGACAAUGGUGCUCUCCCCCAUUGUUCUCCAGCAACUAAUAUGGAGCGGCACGGUGCCCCUGAACCUGGAAGAAGCAUAUAGUCAUCAUGACAUGUAUCCGUUAAUAGACAUGCUUCAUAAAUUCAUCUAAUCCCCUCUGACAAUCAUCUAAACUAUCAGAUCUUGUGGCUGUGAAUUUUAUCAGUUAACUGUUCAAUGUAUGAAGGCACUCCAUGAUCCAAUUUUCUGUGCCUUCCAUUUCUCAUCCCAUCUCACUCCCAGCAGAGAUACUGCACAGUGGUACCUCAGGUUACAGACGCUUCAGGUUACAGACUCCACUAACCCAGAAAUAGUACCUUGGGUUAAGAACUUUGCUUCAGGAUGAGAUGAGAACACAAAUCGCGUAGCGGCAGCGGGAGGCCCCAUUAGCUAAAGAGGUACCUUGGAUUAAGAACAGUUUCAGGUUAAGAACAGACCUCCAGAACGAAUUAAGUUCUUAACCCGAGGUACCACUGUACUAUUUAUAUUCUAUACCUCUUACUUGCAUAGUCACAACUUAAUUAGAAGGUUGCCUGUGGUAAAGUAGAUGAGAGUUACUGUCCUGAUCAGCAAGUGGUUUUAUGUUGUGGUAAUAACCGCUCUUGCUGUUUGGAGAUGCAGUUGUCAUUUUCACUACAAACCUUAGUUUGGUUUUCCUCUAGUCCACUGAGCUGGGAGUAAACAGCUGCAACACAGCACAAGGCAAGAGUGCAGACAUAGGUUGUAGUUUGAUCUCCAGGCCCUCUUGCUCCUGUCUAGGAUAACAGAAAACCGAAAUCCUGACUAUGGUACCUUUGGUGACAGAUUGGUAAACCAUGCAUUCAUUACUGUCAUUAACUCAUUAAGGAAGGGUUAUUGUACUACAAAGCCUAAAAACUGGGUUCUGUCGGACUAAAUUACACUCAGAUUAAAGGGUAAAGGGACCCUUGACCAUUAGGUCCAGUCGCGGACGCAGCGCACGGAAACGGCGUUUACCUUUCCACUGGAGUGGUACCUAUUUAUCUACUUGCAGUUCGUGCUUUCGAACUGCUAGGUUGGCAGGAGCAGGGACCAAGCAACGGGAGCUCACUCUGUCGCAGGGAUUCAAACCUCCAACCUUCUGAUCGGCAAGCCCUAGGCUCUGUGGAUUAGACCCAUUAAAAUUAAUUGACUUAAUUAUGCCUAUUGAGUUCAGUGGGUCUACUUUGAGUAUGACUAGUGUUGGAUACAACCCUGUAAUUAUAGAAAGUACCUUCCCGGAAAAUUUCCAUCUCUUGCUUAGAAGCUCAAGUGUGUGUGUGUCUGUCCAUGUUUGUAUACACAUGGACAUAUUUGGUUAAUUUCCCAGGAAACUACAUGAGAAUGUGGCACAUGCAUUGGAUCUCCUCUAGAGCAGGCUUUGUAUUCUAUAUGCAAAUGUAAACGGGAUAAUUUACGCAAAUCAAUUUGUAAAAGAAUAGUUUGUUGUUUCAUUCUACUUCAGGGCGUGAAAAAUACUGAAAUUGUGUAGCCAUCCAUACCUCUUAUUUUUGUAGAAUGGUUGUUAAAAAAAUACUGUCUUUCUCAUGUGGGUCAGCUUUAGGUAAAUAACAUUAUUAUUAUUUUAAAUUGUGGCAUUUCUUUUUAAUAGUAAUAAGAGACACUUGUUCACUCAGGAAACUGGCAGUGCUAGGUUUUAAAAGGAGAAGCAAUUGUUUGAGAGACCAGCUAAGCUGGAAUAAAAGGCAGAAGGCCUUUGAACAUAGCAGGCUGGCUUGUAUUGAUCACUGCCAUCUGCCUUAGAUUGAAAAAGACCUUUUUCCCUAGAUAAAUAUUUGAGAUAAUGCCAUUGAACUAUCUGUUUUAUGACAAAAAGGCUUUUGAUGGGUUGGGGGAAUGACAAUGAAAGAAAGCCUGCAGGAUUAAUCUAUGAUUGAUUUCUUUAAAUAUCAACAGAAUAUAUAUAUCGGUGAGACUGAGUUGAGCAUGUUAUAUUGCAGCUGGUAUAUUCUGUGGAAGACACAGGUGAAAAUAAUGGCAGCACCUGUCUUGAGGUGUACCAGUUUGUGUAUAACCAGUGACUUUUUGAAUGUAGUAUUAUUGCGUUAGAGAUUUAGCUCAAACUGUACUUUUAAAUUACUACAGUGAUUUGCAGCAAAUUUCAGCUCCUUGUUCAUUAAGCUUCCGAAACAAGGGUGAGAUGCUCCAGAAUGUUUUUGCUUUGAUCUAGCAAGACCAGCUCUUGGAUAAAUUAUGUUAAUUGCCAAUAACACCAUUAUCGAUAAUUAUGUGAUUGCCAUAAGGAAGUUUAAGUCUGCAGCUCAGGUACCAAAGUGGAGGGCCAGAAAGUGGAAGAUCUGUAUAUUUCCUGUGAAACUAUGUGUCCUUCCCUGAACUUUUUGGAGGAAAGGUGACACAGAAAUGAAAUAAACAAAUGGGAAUGAUGACGUUUAACCCAUUGUGAAACUUAACGAUUGGACUUGUAGAUAAAAGCUUAAGUACUGUAUUUAUUUACUCAAGUCUAAUGUGCCAUCGAUUCUAAUGCACACCUCAAUUUUUGCAACGUAGUUUGGCCAGAAAUGGUGAGCAUUAGAUCCGAGUAAAUAUGGUAAUAACAAACAACAGAGAAAGCCAGAAUGAACUAUUUGCCUGGUGGUUCUUCUGUAUUUUCACAGAAUUUAUUAUUUUUAUCUCCAAGGAAUGGAACUCUACUCGUUGCUCGGAAGCCCUCUGUGAAUAAGGAACAAUGUUGUUGCCUUAGGCACACUCUUAAUUGAGAAUGUCACCUUGUUGCUCUCCACAGAAUGAGUUUAAAAGUGGAGUAGAAAGCUGUGUCCCUCUUCUGCAAACUCUAGUGCACUGCUAAUGUGAAAGAAAAGGAUAAAUGGUGCAUUUGCUCACAAGUACCAACUAGAAAGCGGAGGCUGCAGACAUGCACGUGAGACAAUCGUGUCCCUGGGGUUUGCUGAGAGGGGUCCGUAAUUGCUCAGUUCAUGCAGUAUUAAACAGGAGAGAGGAAGAACGAGCAGUUAAAAGAUCUUCCUGUUCUGCAAAACAUGGCUGUAUACUCCAUUUCAGUAAUGUGUUGAAUAACUCCGGAUAAAAUCAUUGGGCUACUCACACCCUUUAUGCACCAGCUUCUCCAUAACGUUUAUCAGUGCUGUCAGUUCCUAAAUAUGUUUAAUUAAAGUAAAAAAAUCUUUUCUGUAUUUCUUUUUAUUUAUUUCUUUAACCAAGAACAUAUAUUUCAAUGGCAUACAAAAAGUUAAGAAGCAAUACAAUUGAAUUAAAAAUAAGCGUAUGCCACACAGAUAAUAAUAUUUUUUAACAUACAAAUUUUGGUGAUUUCAAUCACAAUUCCUGGGAAUAAUAAUGAGUGUUAUUGAUCUUUGAGGGUGGUAACCUUUUCCUUUUAAAAAAAACAAUUUCCUUUAUUUAUAAAUAUCAGUAUAUUGCCCUUGAAGUCAUGAUAUUCUAACUUGAAGCUGAAAAGUUACAAAGAUUUUCAAGUAGUAGGAUAUUUCGCAGGAGGCAUUCGAACAUUGUUAUCAUUAUUUUGUAUAUAGUUUUUUUCUGCCAUAGAGUUAAAAACAAAUCUCUUGUUUGCUUGUUCUCCACCUUAAUUUUCAAGUUAAUUUUCCAAAUUUGACUACACCAACAAUUCUUAUUAAAUCCCUCUAUAUAUUUGAUUUUUUAUUUAAAAAUUCCAUUUAGCAGUAGGUUUGCUUCAAUGUGAGUUAUUUUCAAGUUAAGAGACUUAGCAUUAACUAUGCCUUUUUGCUCAGAAAUAGGCAUAGCUGCCAAGUUUUCCCUUUUCUCGCGAGGAAGCCUAUUCAGCAUAAGGGAAAAUCCCUUAAAAAAAGGGAUAACUUGGCAGCUAUGGAAAUAGGUGCCAUUAGAAAUCAUAUAAAUCUAGCCCUGGACAGCAUUCAGUUAGCCUGCUCUGGAUGAGUAUGACUACUUUUUUAUAUAAAAUAUAUUUAUGAAAAGAUAUACAGUACCGUAGUAUCCUUAUGGAAGAGGCUGUAUUUUUACUGACUUAAAAAACUGGGAAAGGCAACAAUUUAAUUCUAUUUCAACUUUACAAUGGAUUGACUUUCUCUACAGGGAUCAGUGUGCAAACAGGGUGGAGAUGGAGAUUAAAUCCUUCAUAGGCAACUGCCAUUAAAACGUUGUAAUUGAGCUACAAAUGUUGAAAAGGAAAACUGCGGAACGUAAAAAUACCAUCACCUGGAACAUUUAGCUCUUUAAUUGAAAAAAUGAAAGGAUUGACUGAAGAUCACCUGUACCUGGACUACUUUAAUCAGAAUGCAGAUUGUGUCUUGCCUCUCCACACAUCCAUAUCCUUGUUUUUGUUGUCAUACUGUGACUGCAAGACAUUCAGAGUAUUUUUAGUACUGCCAGGCGAAACAGCUUCAGAUGCCCAGCCUAAAGACAAAGUAUUACCCAAGGACCUGGAUAUUUGCUUCAUCAAAAGAUGUCAACUUCCUUUGGUGGUCCAGAGCUGCUGUUUACCUGCUGUUGUUGAGAAAAACGGAAGAUUUUGUCGAGCAGGACUUGCUGUGGUAUUGAGGCACAUAGUACAGAAAACAUAUGAAGCAGAUCCGUCAAGGGAGGACAUUUUGGAACUCUUGGGCUUUAAAAAGACCUGCUUGAAGGCUUGUGCUGAAGUCAGUGAAUGGACCAGACUUUGUGAAAUCAGCAUCCCUCGGGCAGUUGAAAACUUUCUGAGAGUGUCUUCGGAUGAGGUUCAGAGUAUUCCGGAGGAAGUAUUACAUUUUGAAAAGAAGCUGGGAGAACCUGUAAGAGUACAUAAUGAUGACAAAAUUCGAAGACAGAAAGUUCAACAGCAACAGACAUUUGUCAAGGAAGCAUGUAAAGAUGUUUCUUCACAAGAGGGAAGAUUAGCAGAAAAUCUGGACUCCUCGCCUGCACAACCGGAACUGAGUUUAGCUUUAUCUAAAUUAACUGUGCAAAAAACACCAGUUGCUGCCAAAAGGGAGCCCUCUCAUAUUAGGAAGAUGAAAACAUCCGAAUUGCCACUCUUGGAAAACGUUUUUGCUGAAGGGCUAUACUUCACUUUGGCGGAUGUAGUCCUCUUUCCAUGCAUCUAUCAUUUUUUGGGUUUCAGCAAGAAACACCAAGAGAACUUGUUAAGAUUGCCAUUGAUAUCUAGUUGGUUCCAGAGAGUUCAGGAAGUACCUGGAAUAAAGAGAGCUGCUGCCAAAUGCAAUAUGCAGUUUUUACCCCAUCAAGGCUCAGACUCUUUAUCAGAUGAACACAUGCAGUUUAUUUGCAUGGCUUCUGAUGAGCCAGAGGAAGAGCAUGAAGACACUUCAUUUAUAGGUGGACCAAGGCCAACCAUGACAAAAUUAAUGAAAAGUGGUAUUGAAGCAACAUUUUCCCCUCAUCCUUGCCCUAGUUGGGCACUAGAUUGGGACAGUCUGCCAGCAGCGGUUAAUCCAAGAGAAGGAAAGAUGUCCAGUGAUCGCGCUUUUAGGAAACAGCAGCAGCUCAACAAUAUGGUGGCCUUAGUGAAAAAGCUGGCUAAACCUGGAGAUAAAAUUGUGGAUUUUUGCAGUGGUGGGGGCCAUGUUGGAAUUGUCCUUGCUCAUAUACUUCCAUCAUGUCAGAUCAUAUUAGUAGAAAAUAAAGAGUUGUCACUGACACGUGCUGAAGAAAGAAGCAAUGUGCUAGGAUUAAACAACAUUUGGUUCAUCCAAGCAAAUAUGGACUAUUUUAAAGGAACUUUUAAUAUAGGGGUAGCACUGCAUGCUUGUGGUGUGGCAACAGACAUGGUGAUCGAACGCUGUGUCAAAGCUCACGCAGCGUUUGUUAUCUCUCCAUGUUGUUAUGGCUUCAUUCAGAACACAGCCAAGUUUGCAUUUCCACAAAGCCGUCAGUUCAAGGAAGUGUUAUCCUAUAAGGAGCACAUGAUUCUUUGCCGAUUUGCUGAUCAGACAGCUGUCCAGCUUCCCCCUGAACGGAGGCAAAUAGGUAAACACUGCAUGGGACUGGUGGAUCUGGAUCGGGCUUGGGGCGUGGAAAAAUGCAACUAUUCUGCACAAGUGAUAUCAAUGGAACCAGAGACAUGUUCCCCAAAGAACAACUUGAUAGUGGGUGUCCCAGUUUAGUUCAAAGGGCUUUUCUGAUCGAUUUGAAUUAAUAAUCACUCCUUGUGAUCAAAGUCAAGUAACGUUUUGUAGAUACAAACUGCAGCUGUGAAGCAGACAGUGCACAUCUUGAAUCCAUUGUCCCCAAAAUAAGGAAGCAGGGAGGAAAGGGGUUGGCAGUGGGGCUGCUUGCAAAGCUUCCUAAAUCCUCCUUGAAAUGUGUAAUUAAAUGACAGCUGGUUCUCAGAGCAGGAAUAUCCCAAAAUGCCCAUCUGCCCCCACAGUAAUACCAAUAAAGUUUUUUUUUUAAAAAAAAAAAAGCUUCAUCACUGGAAAGGUGAUUUCAUUUCCUUUUCUAUGAAGAUAGAUCUUGCAUGUUUGAAAACAGAUUUUGCAAGUAUUUUUGUACUCAGACUUUGACUAUACUAACAAGGGUACCCAACUACAGAACUCAACUCUCAUCAUUAAAAUCUAUUAACAUGCUUAUUCUGCAACCAUGCUAAGAAAGUGGACAAUAAUGGUUUUUCUUCUUCUCCCAUAACACUGGGAGACAAUGAGUUAGAAUGCUGGAAGAUUCAGGACAGAUAAAAGAAAGUACUUUUUCACACAGCACUUAGGACUUAUCCACAAUUCCUCUAGUCUCGCUGCUUUCACCUGGAGAAAACCACUCUUUAGCUUUCAGUUGGAGCAAACAGCAGUUCAGAUUUUCUCUGGAUUGAUGUUUGCUCCGAUUUAGAGCUAAAGAGUGGGUUUUCCUUGGGAAAUGAGUGGUGGCAAGGGGGGAAUGCUUGGACCACUCAAACCUCUGCUUUCUAGGCACAGGACAAGCAGAAGUGUGGACAAUUCACUCCCACAAGAGGCAGUAACAGCCACCAACUUGGAUGGUUUUAAAAGAAGGUUAGACAAAUUCAUGGAGGAUAAGUCUUAUCAUUGGUUACUGGCCAUUAUGGCUUUGCUCAUAGAGAAAGUAUGCUUCUGAGAACAGAAUACUGAACUCGAUGGGCUCUUCUCAUGAUCUUAUGCCAACUUGCCACAGCAGCAACUUAGAGAACUUUCUCUGACUUAAUUAACUCUGACUUAAUUAACUGUAGAACUCAUUAAGGAGCAUAAUCAUAGGUUUAGCGUUAUAGUUUCCUUUUGUCUUUUCGUUUUCCAUUUCCAUUGCCACAGCUCCUUCCAAGCCCAUUCUGCAUUUGUAAGUACCUACACUUUGGAACUCCCUGCCUAUUGAUAUCAAGCAGGCAGCUUCACUGUACUCUCUUUGGUGCCUACUAAAAACAUUCUUGUUUAGACAAGCCUACCCAGAUGCUUAGAAAGUUGAGGCAAUUUUAAUCUGUUUUAUUAUUUUAACUUUUGUAUCUUUUAAGUAUGGUUGUAAAAUUUUCUUGAUUUUUAUUGCUUUGCUUUUUUGUAAACCACUUUCGGGUGUGUGUGUUUUACAAUCAAGUUGUGCAUAAAUUUUAUGAAAUAAAUUAAUAAAUAAGCA